AAGAAAAUCGAAUUUAACAGAGUCAAUUAACAAGGAGAGGAACGAUGCAGAAAUUCAUCAAAUAUCUAGUAAAAUAGCAAAACUGCAACCAAAAUCUUGCAAAAAUUCAAGCAUAUGAGGAAAGAGCAAAUCCAACGUCUUAUAAUUUAUUUACAUAUUUAUUUUUUUAAUCAACGUCUCAGAUUUAAACCCAGGACAUCCCGACGGCAGUCCUUAAAGAGGCAUUAUACCCUAGAAGGCACCGUAUCAUAUCAUUGCCUGAGAGAGAAAACCGCUUCUAUUCGAUUCAAUCUUCUCUCAGUUUCUCACGUUGUCCACUAACUACCUAAACCGCACUAUACAGGCAAAUCUGUCCCUCAUUUUUACAGUUUUUUCAGCCUCUCCGAUCUUAAACAAUUUCUAUCCUUUAAUUUCCUUUGCAAAGAUGACCAACAACAACACUGAUUCUGCUCUGGAAUUCAAUUUCCCAUCAUAUUCUUCAGUCCCUGCUGCGAUCCUAUUCCACCACCAUCAGAAAAUGCGUAAGAAGCGUACCAAGUUGAUCAAGGUUGAACCCAGUUUAGUUCCUUCUACUAGUAGCGUUACUGUUGUCUCCAAGCCAAAAUAUCAGGGCAAAAAACCUGACCCUUCUGCUCCCAAGAUCACAAUGCCUUGUAGCGAGUGCGGUAAAAAGUUUUGGUCAUGGAAAGCACUCUAUGGCCACAUGAGGUGCCAUCCUGAACGUCUAUGGCGUGGAAUUAAUCCACCACCUAAUUAUCGCAGACACGUUUCGCCAAUUCGAGAGAUGGAUUAUGUAAAGGAAGCUGCAAUGACUUCGGAGGAUUAUGAGGCGGCUGCGUGUUUGUUGUUAUUGGCUAACAGUGAUGGUGUAUUGACAUUUGCCGAGACCAAAUGUGGAGGUGGCAAUGGCGGUGGGGAUGGUACUAGUCAUAGUAGUUUUCAUUUUCAGGAAGAUGUGAAUUGUCGUUUUGAGUGCUCGAGUUGCAAGAAGGUGUUUGGAUCCCAUCAGGCAUUAGGAGGUCACAGGGCAAGUCACAAGAACGUGAAGGGCUGUUUUGCAUUGAAUUGUGACAUGGUUGGGGAUCAUAAUGGAAGUAGUGGUGGUGGUCUGAAGGGGAAUGCGGAGGAUAAUAGUACUGAUAAUAAGAUGUUGAUGGUGUUAGGGCACAAAUGCAGUAUCUGCUUGAGGGUGUUCCCUAGUGGGCAGGCACUAGGCGGGCACAAGAGGUGCCACUGGGAGAAAGGGGAGGAAGCCUUAUCUUCAUCAAUGAAUCAAGGAAUUGCAACCAAGGAAAAAGCUUCUGGGUUGGACCUGAACUUGCCUGCCCCACUUGAAGAUGAAUCAUUCGCUUCUUACCUCGCCCUAGAUUUGAGAUUGGGGCUUUGAAAGGUUUUUUGUAUGAAAACUGACCUGUAUUGGUAGUAUAUAUAUAUAUAUACACACACGUAUAUUCAUUGUUGUUAAUGCUCCAGAAUUGGGAAGCAUACAUGUGCGUGUUAUAUAAAGGAAGCUUG